GAAAGGCAACUUCCGGUUCGAGCUGCGGUAUUUUCCUACGUUUCCGGCAACUGUUCGAAAUGCAAACACAUCACUGAAGAGAGUGAAACUGUUUCUGAACAACAUCUCCCUCAGAAUGGCUGUAGACAUGAGCUUACGCUGUCCAGGCCUGUACUGUGGGAGGAUCCUGGUGAACGGAUCAGUGGAGGGAGACUGUGGUGUUUGUCCUCGUGGAGAACGGGCCAACCAGCAGAAGGUGUGUGAACGCUGCACAGAGACCCCCGAGCUCUAUGACUGGCUCUAUCUGGGCUUCAUGGCCAUGCUGCCUCUGGUGCUGCACUGGUUCUUCAUCGAGUGGUACUCUGGGAAGAAGAGUUCCAGUGCUCUGCUGCAGCACAUCACAGCCAUGCUGGAGUGCAGCGUGUCCGCCGUGGUCACCCUGCUGGUCAUAGAGCCGGUGGGAAUGCUUAGUAUCCGCUCCUGUCGGGUCCAGAUGCUGUCAGACUGGUAUACGAUGCUGUACAACCCCAGCCCAGACUACGUGAACACGUUACACUGCACACAGGAGGCCGUGUACCCGCUCUACACCAUCGUGUUGAUCUACUACGCCUUCUGCUUGGUGCUGAUGAUGCUGCUGCGCCCCCUGCUGGUGAAGAAGAUCGCGUGUGGUCUGGGAAAGUCGGAUCGCUUUAAAAGCAUCUACGCUGCUUUGUACUUCUUCCCCAUCCUAACGGUGCUCCAAGCGGUGGGAGGAGGUCUGCUGUAUUAUGCCUUCCCCUACAUCAUCCUGGUCCUGUCUCUGGUCACGCUGGCGGUCUACAUGUCUGCAUCAGAGAUCCAGUCUUUUAAACACCUGGUUGCUAAGAAGAAGCGUCUGGUCGUCCUGUUCAGUCACUGGCUCCUCCACGCAUACGGCAUCAUCUCCAUCUCUCGACUGGACAAACUGGAGCAGGACCUGCCGCUGUUGGCUCUCGUCCCUGGCCCCGCCCUCUUCUACAUCGCCACGGCAAAGUUCACCGAACCGAGCCGGAUCCUGUCCGAAGGAGGCAACGGACACUGAGCCCUCGCCCCAAACGUUCAGUAAAAUGUAAGAAGGGAGCCAUCUGUGGACCUGCAGCAGUGUUACCACCAUCUUUAGGAGCGAUGCGGUCUAAAAAUACGAGCCGUGCCGGCCCACUGGACAUGAUUGGUGUUGCAGAAACCGUAAAGGUUUGACCUUUUUAGCUCAGUUUACCCUUCAUGUGGCUAAAUCUUACUUUAACUCUUACAAGUCCAAGUUGAAGGCUGCUCCUGAAAGUGUGUAACUCCUGUUUCUCUUUUCUGAGUAGAUCAUCUUUCCUUCAUUUCUAUCGUCGACACUAAAGAUUACCCAUAAGCUGCUUUCACACGAGCACAAAUCUCCUAAAAAGCUGUAAAUGCUCAGACUCUCACUACUUGUUGCGCCGAGGCUAAUAUCCAUUAAUGUAAAUGACUGUAAAUAUAUUUAAGCUUGUAAAUAUCACUGUGAUUGUGCUGAUGCACUCAAACUUCACUUUAUGAUUCACAACAGGAGCCAUGUUAACUGUACCUACUGUUAUGAGUGGACUUUGUAUUUAUUGUUCAGUCUUUGUGCAGUGAGCUCAGGCCUCAACUAUUUACCAGUUCUCUCUAUAAAUCUCUUCAACAUG